AUGCCAGUGUCCCCUCAAAGGUCUCACUCGGCUCUCCUUUCCUUCCCUCUCCCUCCUGUACUCCUUCAGGAAAUUCCUAGCUCCGUGACCUUUCCAUUCCCAAACUCUCACUUAUCUAAUCCUUUCAUGCGCCCAAACUCCCAAACUCUCACUUAUCCAAUCACCCAUCAACCUUAG